AUGUUACAGGAUGAUAUAUUGAUCACUGAAAACAACAUUGAGUCCACUAAUGCUUUGAAGCAGUUUCUUCAUACUCGUUUUCGUAUCAGAGAUCUCGGUGAUUUGAAGUUUUUCCUAGGCAUUGAAAUAGCUCAUUCCAAGAAAGGGAUUUACAUAUCCCAACGUAAGUAUGCAUUGGAUAUUAUAAAAGACACUGGUUAUUUGGGUGCUAAGUCGGUUGAAUUUCCUAUGGAAGAAUGCAAGCAGCUUUCAAAUAAGGGAGAAUUGCUUAAAGACGCUGCUGCAUAUCGUCGUCUAGUGGGUCGAUUGAUUUAUCUGACUAUAUCACUAGACUAG